UUUCAUCAGCAGAAGUAGAAGCAUAAUAUUUCAAAGAAAUUGCCCUAGUAUAAACGAUACUUGCAUCGCUCACCGGUAAAACUUCAAUCCAGUAUGAGUACCUUAGUAGACCUUCCAAGCGAAAUCCUGAUGCAGAUACUACAACAUGUCAACCUCAAUGGUGACCUUGCACGUUUGUCGCUCUGCAAUUCUCAAGUAGCAGCAUACAUCUCCCAACAAGGACACAGCUUCACCAAGGACCUCUGCUCGCAUCAUCGUAUCAGUCCACGCGUCCUGGAGUUGUUUCUGAGACACGGGAACGAUAAACAUGGCCCUUCUGGACCCUCGAUCCAGGGGGGUUUGCACGCCAUAGCUCUCAGUCACUUUCUGCAGGACAUGAGAAUCAUCGGAGUAAGCGUCCAAUCGUUGCGUGAUGUGCGAUCGGCUGGCCCCCGUCUUGCCAAUAGCGAGCCUUACCUGCUGUUAGCGGUCAUGAUCCGCUUGCUCAACGACUCAUCGACGGUGACACCUUGGAAUGGAGAUGUACUUGCCCCGUCGGCGGAUGGUGAGCGUUCCCUUUCCAGAUUGUUGCCAGAGAAAUUCUUGCAGUGCCUCGACACGGGGCUGUCUUUGGAGGAGCCGGAGUCAGUAGUUGCCGCGAUCAACCUUUGCAGCACAAUGCUGUGGAGCAAGAUUUUCCUUUUCAGACCGAAGGACUAUAGUGUUCUCAGUUUUGGCAGUCUUAGCGGAGCCUCGUUCAACAUGGAACAAGCUCUUCUCACAGAGCACGUCAUCUGGAAAGGACCCCGAUGGGUUGCUCGACUUCUGGCAUGGAGCAAAGCUGGAGAGCGUCAAGACGCACAGGGGCCAAGUAAUUGUGACAACGUCGACUUGACGCGGGUCAGUGAGGGCAUUUGGCGAGGAUCUCAUCAGGAAGGGGCUCGCAUAGCAGCUAAUGGUCUGGCGCGUCUUUUGCGGAGGAAGAGACAGCAGAAGAUUGAGCAAACAGCGAGCAGCUCCAACAUACGAGUGGUGAUCACAGAUAUGAGGGUGAAUGCAGCAGUCUGGCGUGGCUCAGCAGGGAUAUGUGAUUGAGGGCGCGUUAGCCGCCAACCGGUAUGCAUUCGUGUCUUGUCCCACUCCUUCUCAGACAAGACGCUUCAUUUGUCAUGUCUCUUUCAUCUCACAGUCAUUGUGCAACCGAGAAACACAUCAAUAUAGUGCAUGUAUGCUGCAGAAGGCUCUAGAUAAAGA